AUGGAGCCCGUGGAAUGGUCCCGAAUGAUGGCGGAAAUCUUCUUCGCGCACCAGGACCCGCUGGGCGAGCUGCAGAAGUUUAGGCACCAGGUACCGCCGUUUGUGCUGCGGACGUUUUGCGACAACACGGCCGCGCAGAGCGCGGGGCAGCAGCAGAUGUGGAUCUAUAAUCAGAACCAAAUCCCCACAUGCGUCGUCAACACCAUCACAACCCCCAACAGCGACCCCGCCACCCUCAUCGUCUACCGCCCCGCCAGCCGCGAGUUCACCCAGCGCCGCUGGACCGAGUGCUUCGGCUCCGACGCCAUCUACAGCCGCUUCUUCGACAACCUGACACCAACCCGCUACAUGCGCGAGGGCUUCGCAAAGUUCGAGCUGCUGCAGCACGUCGACCGCGACAUCUUCCAGGGCCUGGUCGACCCCAUCUGGCAGAUCCAGUCGCUGCAGCCCACGGGCUCCGUCACGCUGCGCCGCGACGACGUCUGGGCCCUCCGAAAGGCCCUGCACCUGAUGACGGGCCUGCACGCGCGCGACCGCACGAUGCACCUGCUGGCGCAUGCGCCCGAGAUGGAGGACGCGCGCGUGCGCAGGAAGCGCUUCAUUGAGGCGCGGGCGAUGGAGCAUCCGCGCGACGUGUGGCUGUACAAUGCGGAGCAGACGCUCAAGACGCCGCACCACGAGGUGCACAUGAACACCGGCAUCUUCGACCUCGACCGGGAGGACUACCGUGUCAACGCGCGGGAGCGCUUCUUGGUGCUGUGGGAGGCGGGGCCCGGGGAUGAGUUCAUCCUGACGGAGAACGGGUUUGGCGGCUUCGAGGGCGGCCAGAUUGGCGCGAGGCAGGACUCAAUCAUCAAUAUGGGCUCGAGGGAGCUGGAGCAGCACAUGUACACGCGGGACUUUAUGUGGCACCAGCUGUACGUGCUGUCGCCGACGCUGGUGGCCGCGCUGUGCCACGGCACGCUGAUGCAUCCGGACCUGACCCGCGCGCAGAGGAAGCGGUGGGGGCUGCGGAGGUCGCUGCUGGAGAACCUGCCGCACGAGGUGGCGCCAAAGUACUACAAGGACAUGGCCAAGGGCGAUGCGUCGUUCCUGAAGCCCGGGUUCCCGAUCCCGCAGGACGUCGAGCGCGCGUUCGGCGCGAAUGUGUCGCUGGAGAAGCGCAAGGCCGACGAGAUCCCGUUCCCGGUGCAGCGGCUGUCCCCUAAGCAGGUCAGCAUGGUCAACAGCGUUCUGCUCCACAACCAGCAGAACGGGCCCGUGGUCAGGUCUGUGUGCUGCAAGUCACCGCCUCAAUAUCAGUCGCUCUACAACUCGCUCGUCAUGUUCCAGCAGCAGCCGUGGGACAAGUACUCGGCCGAGGAGCAGAACGACUACACGCUGCUGACCGAGCGCCUCCGCGUCUUCCUGCAGCCCGCAGCGGUCCCCGAGCCCCUCGCAGCCCAUCUCCAGUACGCCCAGCAGCAGCAGCAGCAGCAGCAGCAGCAGUUCACGCACCAGCUCCCGCCGCACCAGCUGCACCAGAUGCCCACCAUGCCCAUGUCCAUCCCCAUGCAGCCGCCCGCCAUGCCCGCCGACCCGCGCCGCCUCUUCGCCGCCGCCGCCGCCGCCGCCGCCGACCGCUCCAUGACAAUGCCCGAGGUGCCGCGCUACGAGCAGCAGCCCAUCCACGAGAUCCGCCCCACGCAUCUGCGCGCAAACAGCCAGAUGUCGCAUUCAUCCCAUACCUCGUCCUUCCCGUCCUCGCAGUCGUCGCAGACCUACUCCUCCGCCUCCAGCCAGACGUCGAGCAGCAGCGCCACAAGCAUCGAUGCCCCCCGCUUCGACGCCAAGGCUGCACCUCCGCCACCGCCACCACCACAACCCUCCGCACCCGCACCCGCACCCGCGCCCGCACCCGCACCUGCCGCACGUGAGCCAAAGUCGCGCCCCCAGUCCCCCGCCCGCAAGACGGAGAAGCCCCGCAGGACAAACUCGCAGACAGAGAACGUGCCCAGCAAGCCGGUGAAGCCGACGCAGCAGCCGCCCAAGGUGGCGAACAUCGUCAUCGAGCACACCGUGCAGGAGAUCCAGGAGCGACACAGAGGCCGCCAGGCGUCGAGAUCGGACCCGCCGCCGCCACUCCCGCAGAUGAAGGUUAGCCCGGUUCCGGACCGUGUCGACUUGACGGCGUCGAAGCCGAAGCCGAGACACCAGCAGGAGCAGCAGGGCAAGGCGCAGGAGCAGAAGUCGCAGCCGCAGACGCAGACGCAGCCACAGCAGAGGCAGCAGUCGCAGCCGCCGGCUCAGCAGAAGUCGCAGCCCCAGCAGCAGCAGCAACAGCAGUACCAGAAGCCGCAACCACAGAAGCAGCAGCAGCAACAACCUCAGCCAAUGCAGCAGCAGCAGCCAAUGCAGCAGAGGUUCCAGCCCCCGCCGCAGGUCCAGCAGCAGCAGGCCCCCCUCCCCCAGCCCCUGCAGCAGAAGGCCAGUGUCCUCCCCGAGCGCCCCAUGUACGUCAUGGACGUCAUGGACCCCAUGCGGCCCUUCCAGCCCGAGCACGAGCGCAACGAGCCCCUGCCGCAGUGGAACUUUGGCGGCGUCGAGCUGCAGGGCCACCAGUACGACAGCGGUCUCCCCGAGUCGCGUGCCCACUCCCAGCAGUCCCAGCGCAGCGCAAGCAUGUCCAACGAGCGCUCCUCCCAGGGCAGCGAGCACGUCCGGCAGCGCCAGUACGAGACCGAGCGCCAGUACGAGGUGCUCAUGCAGGACCUGCAGUCCCACCCGCAGCCCUGCGACCGCAACUCCCAGACCAGCGAGACCGCCAGGCGCCAGCAGUACGACAACCCGCGCCCGGAGCUUGGCCAGAUCCAGAGGCCCAUCCCGCCCACCGAUCGCCACAGCGCCGACACCGUCUCUUCCCGCGGACGCCCAUACGAGCCGCCAAGGCCGGAGCAGGGCCAGAUCCAGCGCCCCCUCCAGCGUCCCAGCCCCGUGGCUGACGGCAGCCGCAAGGUCGAGCAGUCCCAGCCGAUGAGGAACACUGCCUCCCACGAGCGCUCACACCAAUACGAGCCCAAGGCGGAGCAGCAGCAGCAGCAGCAGUCCCAGCCCAUGCGCAGCACCGGCUCCCACGACCGCGCCCACCAGUACGAGCCUAAGCAAGAGCAGCAGUCCCAGCCAAUGAGGAACACCAUGUCCCACGACCGCUCCGAGCACGCCCGCCAGCGCCAGUACGAGUUCGAGCUCCUCAAGCCCGAGCAGUCGAAGCCGCCCCCGGUCCCAGCACACAAGACCCCGCCCCAGAUCCUCAAGCCGCAGGCACAGCGUCCCGUCAACACCAACACCUCCACCGAUGCCCCCGCAGCCGUCGAGGAAUGCCGGGGACGUCCAUCAUACGAGAUUGUCACCCCGGAGGGACUCCAGCCGCAGCAGCAGCCGCAGCCGCAGCGCAGUGCAAACAGCUCCAGCGAGCGCCAGAUGCGUCCUGGUGUCGAGAUAGUCCGCCCACACGCCCUUGAGCCGCGCUCAAACCUGCAGCCGCCAUCGUCGUCGGCGCAGCAGCAGAAGCCGCAGUAUGGUGAUAAUGUGAAGGUCAAGCAGCUCCGCUUCGAGGCGACCCUCACACACAAGCUCUCAAACAUGAGCCUCGACGGGUCCAUGAUCGUGCAGACGGGCGACGACAACGAGACCGACAUGAGCGGCAGCGAGAGCGGGAGCGAGGACGACGAUGAUGAUGAUGGCGAGACGACCGAGGGCGAGGGCGAGGAGGAGGAGGAGGAGGAAGACGACGCUUGGGAGGACGAGGGCUUCGCCGAGUCCGAGGAGCUCACGAAGCCGAAGAGUACCAAGCCGCAUGUUCGCUUCGCGGAUAGGCCGUUGUCGCGGACGGGGAUGCGCGGCGUGCCCGUGCAUGUUGAGCGGCCGCUGUCGAGGCUGGGCGGCAGAAGGGUGGAGAUUGUGAGGCCGUUGUCGAGGAAUGGCCAGCGUGCGAGCAUGGGGUUGGGCCUGGGGUUGGGAGCAGCGAGGAUGGCGCACGGACAUGGACACCAUGCACAUCGUUGA